AUGUGUGAAUUACAUAUUUUCAUUUCUUGUACUUCAAACAGUUCCUUUAUGAUUAAAGUUACAAUGACUUAAAUAAUAUAUUUUAACAUAAUAUAUUAGAUCGACAUUAUAAUAAUUUUUUACUUUGCAAAUUUAACCAAAUUCAAAAUAAUUAGCCGAGCGCAUAAGGUUUUACUUGGGGCUUAUGCUUCCAGUUGCACAGUAUCACGCAGGCACGAUCACCCAGACACCCGGCCAGAAGGCGGUGGUGGAAAUGGAAAACUCUCGAUAACAAAGAACACUGGUUUUUCUUUCUUUUUUUUAAAAAUAUUUUGCCUGUUUUAAGAUCGGCAAAACGAGCAGCCUAGCGGACAAAGUUGAGCCUCGGAUCGAAAUCAAGAAUCUUUGGAUUUGACGAGCAAAUCAGCUAUUGGGUCCCUUUGCAAUAAUCAAAUUUCCACAGCCUUUGGUUCAUGGCAAGCGAGCAGAACCAAAUCUAUCACGAAAGGCAAAGAUUACAAUAUUGCCUCUUACAUUCCCUUAACAAUCUCUUCCAGCAAAAGGAUGCAUUUACUCGAGCAAGCUUGAAUUCCGUUGCUGAAAAACUCGUUCUUGAUGACCCAAACAAGGAAAUUUGGACACCCUUUUCAUUAGUCUUCAAGCCUCACCAUAAUUCAAUUACUGGAAACUAUGAUAUAAAUGUUUUAAUUGCUGCACUUGAAGGGAAAGGGAAGACUGUAAGUUGGCAUGAUCGUCGAAAUGGAGCAUCAGCUAUAGAUCUUAAUGAUGAAAUUUUGAUGGGAAUUGUGAUUAAUGUUCCGGUUAGACGGUAUGCUGGGCUUUGGAAAAGUAGGCAUUGGAUUGCAUUGAGAAAUAUUGAUGGGGUUUGGUAUAAUUUGGAUAGUGAUCUUGAUGCACCUCAGUGUCUUAAGGAUUCUGGAGAAGUUAAGGAUUUCUUGGAUUAUAUCAUUACUCAUGAUGGACAGCUUUUGCUUGUAAAAAAUGAUAGAGAGAAGAUGUCAACUAAAGGGAGCAACAAAGUGAGUAGGAAAAAGGGAAACAACAAGGCAAAUGCUUCUGUUAUGCAGAAGUCCGAUAACAAGGCUGCUAGGAACAGGGGAGUCACCAGGAGUUGUGGCUUCAUGUUGUGUAAAAGAUCUAAGUUUUCACCUGUAAGAUUUCUCAAGCAUAUUGGUGGGAAAGUGGCAAAAGGUUUGCAUGUGGUGUCAAUGAGAAUUAGGCCUUCUCCUAAGGUUUCUUCUUCAUCAGGAAGAUCAAAGCCAUUUGUAACUCCUGUUGAUUCUCAUAGGAGUGCUGCCAUCGAGGACUGCAUCGAAUUUAUCAACUCUUCUGCUUCUUUGCCCAGAUCAAAUUCUGUUUCUGCUAAUUCUCAUUGAGCUCUGUAGUUAAUGGUAAUAUUUGGUCAUAAAAUAGU